AUGUCGUUUUUCAUUACCAAACAUAGUGACUUGUACAACAAAUCAGUAACUCACCCAUUGACUACUGAGCUCUGCAAGGGUACACUUCCAAACCAUGUCUUAUUUACAUAUUUAAACCAGGACUUGAAAUUCUUCAAUUUGGGAUUGAGUGUUAUGGGCAAGGCCCUAGCCAUGUGUCCCAACCCGGAAUCCCGAGUACGCUUGGCUAGACAAAUUGGGUUCUUUGCAAAUGAUGAAAAUUUGUAUUUUACAAAGACAUUGGAGGAGCUAGAGCACGAGGACUUGUCGCAAGUUGCCAAGUUGAAAAGCAAUGGAUUGGUUUUGCCUGAAGUGCAAGAGUAUUUGGAUUUCAUGAAACGUGCAAUCUACAAUUACGAUUAUGUUCAGAUUGCCACCUUCUUGUACGUGAUGGAAAAGAUUUACUUGGAUUGGGCAACCUCGGAACUAGCAAAGGAAAAGUCCAAAUCAAACUUGCCAUACAAAUACCAAGAAUGGAUCAAUUUGCAUACCGGAAAGGCUUUUACUGAGUGGGUCGAGUUUUUGGAAAAAGAGGUUGUAGAUAAUACCAAAUCAACUGACGACAAAAAAAAGAGUGAAGAUACAUUUGUUGAAACUGUGAAAUUGGAGAUUGGCUUUUUCGAAUCCUGUUACUCCUAUAGAGAUUAG